AUGGUACCCUACGAGGCAUUAUAUGGUCAUAAGUGUCAUACUCCUACGUGUUGGACUGAGUUGAGUGAGUGGCGUGUUCUAGGUCCUGAAUUGAUUUCUGAUACAGAAGAUAAAGUCUUACAAUGGAAAAAGAUACUGAGGUUUGGUCGGAAGGGUAAAUUAAGCCCCAGGUUCAUUGGCCCUUACCGUAUGCUGAAAGCUGUAGGACCAGUUGCCUAUCAACUUGAGUUACCCCCAGAGUUGGACCGGAUUCAUGACAUUUUUCACGUCUCUAUGUUGAGGCGAUAUCGUUCUGAUCCUGUGCAUAUCGUCUCGACUGAAGAAGUUGAAGUUAGGCCGGAUCUGACGUUUGAAGAGGAACCAGUUCAGAUUUUGGACCAUGAUGUGAAAGUUUUGAGGAAGAAGUCUGUUCCACAGGUUAAGGUACUAUGGCAUAAUCACAGUUCCAAAGAAGCCACGUUGGAACCUGAUGAGGCAAUGCGGCAAUAA